CAUGUUUCGUAAAUAGCCCGCCCUGAACUCCCAUUGGUCGUUUGAAUGACGUACGAAAGAAUGUUCUGGCCGGUUCUGGCAUCCACUACAAACUUCUAGUCAGCUGAUGUAACAGGCCCCGGUUUUUAGGAAACAUUUUGUGAAGCAUGUAUAUAAAGUGAAACGCAGCCGAAUAGUGGCAUUCGUAAGUAGUGGGUUGUUGUGAGCGUAUGUGCUAUGUGAAUUGUGCUGAAGGCGUACUUAGACGGAAAUAAAAUAGAAACGAAUACACCUCAGUUUGAAGAGUAAACAUAACCUCUCAAAUCUGCGACUGCAGUCAUCACAGCAAACAUGUUCCACCACUGCAAGAGGCUAAUCCCAAUAGUGCCAUGGCGAGGAUUUCUGGUAAACCAACAGCAUCCAGGGCCAGUGAUUCGCAAUUUCUGGAGUCUGUAUCGCCCUUCCGACAUGAGGUCCGUUUUUCGAGAUAUGGACAAGGCACUGGAGAGGUUCGAGCGGGAUGUGAUUGACCACUUUCCAUUCCGUCGAAUUUUACCUCGAUCGAUCCCCAUCCAAGGCAUUGUACAGCGUGGUGAUGUCUACCGGGUCAACGUGGAUGUGGACGGCUUCAAACCUGAGGAGAUUAACAUCUCCAUGAAAGACAACAUCCUUGUUAUCAGGGCAAGAAUGGAGAGGAAGGGAGAGGACGGUAGCAAGUUUCAGCAGGAGUUCACACGUGAGAUGACUUUGCCGGAAGAAGUGGACCCCACCUCAUUGAAGUCCUUUCUGGGUAAUGACGGCGUUCUGAGCAUCGAAGCGUCAUAUAAGCCAGAAGCGAAACCGAAAGAAAUACCAGUGAGUCGAGAGUAGAGGGAUGGGUAUCAUCUUGUUUUUCUGGCGAUGAAUGUGUAGCCAUUUACAGGGACUAUCUGGAGUUAAUAGCCCAUGAUUUAAAUAUAGAACACUUUCAGAAGCUGCAGUAUAUAUGUGAAUAUGUUUUGUUGUAAUAUUUGGUUACUUUUCAUAUUUCUUCUGUAAUGUAGCUGGACAGACUUUUGUAAUGUGCUCAAUUGUAGGUGACUUGAAAUUAACGUACUAGAUAUUAUGUGUGUGUCAUAUGUAGUGUUGAUUUUUGAUAAACUUUGUGUAACCUGAGGUUUGAAAACGUUGGCUGUUUGGGUCACUAAACUGUUGAAAUGGUGGAAUCCCAAUUCUCUAAGUAGUCAACACAAAAUUUUGUUCCUAGGGCCACAGUUGCAGUGAGAUAUUUCCGUAUUUGAGACCUGAUAAAUGAAAACUAAGUGUUUUCAGCAUGUGAAAUGCAAAGAAGAAAAUAUAUGAACUGAUAGAUAAUGGUAGCCUCUGAGGAUUGAACUUUAGAUUGUGAUGGCAUCUUAGAGAUAGGUAACCCAUUUUCAGUGGUUACUCAUGAGUGCAGAACACAUAUCUGAUAAUGAUGCCAAUUCAGGUAUUCUGUGAUUCUGUGAUAGUUGUGUUCCAAAACAUGGUAAAUGGUAAAUUUGAUGAAUUUAAGAAUUUUCCUUUCCCCCCUUGCAUUUCCCAUCUGGAAACCCACUCAAUCUAGCCCACUUUCUCACCGUUCUUCUCGAUUCUUCAGAAAGCAAUUGGCAUUAGAAGAAGUGCUAUUGAUUACACUCUGUUAAAUUGGCUGAUUGCAUUAAGAUGAAAUCUCAGUUUUGAGACCUAUAACAAGGUACCUGUGUUCAUUAAUUAAUCGGACUCGCUGCAGAUGAUGUAAAGUCAGCAAAUCUAACAAUUGUUACCAUGUAGUACACUGUAAGUGUUUCUCAUUCUGCAGUGUUGGUCCAGAGUGUAAGACUGAUAAAUUUGUGUGCAAUUUCUGUACCUUUGUUUUGAUUGGUUAAUUAUAUGAUAAUAGAAUACACUGUUAUAUUGAGAAGCUGCAAGUAGAAGCUAAUGUUCCUGUCGGCUGUGGCAGCUUGAUGGCUUAGUAUUAGGAAGUGAUAACACCCUGCCUCUUGUGUAAAUAUGUACAUACUGUGAUGAACCGCAGUUAAUUGAUUCGUUCAUCCUCCCAUCCUAGGUGGCCCAUAAGAGUGGGAUGUUAGAAAUUGUUCAGUUCAGAAGAGAAAUAUUUGAAUAUGUGGGAAAGGCCUUAAUUUGCUUACAAACUCUUGUCCCUGCCAAAAUGUUAACAAUUCCUGUAUUAUUGAGCGUACACCAUAAACUGUAGAAAACUGUGGGAUGUGAGGGUUGAUAGUUAAGUAAUGCAGCAACAUAACCUCAGGGUUUUCUUAAGGAAUUCUGUUGCUCAGAACUCUAGUAUAAUAACAAGUUAACCAUUUUCCUAUACUUCAAUUAUGCAUCUUUUAAAUGAUAAUGUAACAUUACAAUGCAGUAAAGUGGAACAGUUGGUAAUUUGCUGUAUUAAAUUCCCUGUUCUAGGGACAGUGACAAAUGA